CGGAUUAAGGUCGACAACGAGAGCUAUAUCCGAAUCGCUAAUAACCCGGAGAUAUAUAAGAAGACAAAGCAUAUUCGAGUACAGUUCUACUUUACCCGCGAAUUAGUAAAAACUAAGGCAAUUGCGCUUGUACAUAUACCUAGACACGUUAAUACCUCCGAUAUAUUUACUAAGGCUCUAGACAGGACUAUAUUUAAAAGAUACGCAAGAGGAAUAGGGAUCUUUAGAAUAAUAGAAGGAAGAUUAUUAAAGGUCCCGAAGGAAUUAGGUUAG